GCCUGGGGUGAGCUUGUUAUCCUACAUCAUUCGGUACAAAGAGGAGAAAGUCAGAGUUCAUGUGGUUAAUAAGUAUCUGUACAGUCCACCUCUUAGAAACACCACAGCUGGUUUAUCUACAGACACACAGCCGCCAUGGAGCUGCGUCUCUCCGUCUGCAUCCUGCUGCUGCUUUGUGCUGCAGAAACCUCAAGUGGAGGGAAGAUUUUGGUGUGGUACAGUGAUAACAGCCACUGGAUCAACAUGAAGCCGGUACUGGAAACUCUGGUGGACAGAGGACACCAGGUGACGGUCCUGGUCCCGAGCACAUCGCUGUUCAUGAACAGCAGCGAACCGUCUCGCUUCCAGUACGAACUUUUUGACGUCGACGUCUCAUUUGAAGAUUUAGAAAAGAUUUUUGAAACUAUUAUUCACUUCUUCGUGUAUGAGAUGGAUUUUAUGAACCCCUUAGAAAUUUACAUAAAAUUUUAUAAUUUAAUGAAGAACAAUAAGAACCUUACUUUUAAGUUUUUGGAUGGCGUUCUGAAAUCAGAACCCAUCAUGAAGAAGCUCAAGGACGGAAACUACGACCUGUUAUUUGCUGAUCCGAUCUACGCCGGCAGCGACCUGACUGCGGACAUUUUGGGAAUUCCUCUCGUCUUUUCUUUGUGUUUUUCCUUGGCAAACAACUGGGAGAGGAUGUGUGGUCAGCUGCCUUCUCCACCCUCCUUCGUCCCCGGUGCUGCUAGCAAACUCACAGACAAGAUGGACUUCUCAGAGAGACUGUCGAACUUCCUCUUCUACGCCCUGCAUGACGUCAUGAUGGAUCAAAUACUGUGGAAAGAAGUUGACGAAUAUUACUCUGAAAUCAGAGGAACACCCACCAGUGCCUGUGAGUUGAUGGGUAAGGCGGAUAUCUGGCUGAUGAGAACCUACUGGGAUUUUGGUUUUCCUCGUCCACUCCUCCCCAACUUUAAAUUUGUUGGAGGGGUCCACUGCAAACCAGCUAAGCCUUUACCAGAGGAAAUGGAAAAGUUUGUCCAGAGCUCUGGAGAUGCUGGGAUUGUUGUCUUCUCUUUAGGAUCGAUGAUCAAGAACCUGACCACAGAGAAAGCGAACAUGAUCGCCUCAGCGCUCGCUCAGCUUCCACAAAAGGUGCUGUGGAGAUACAGUGGCCAGAAACCCCAGACUCUGGCUUCCAACACCAGAAUAUACGACUGGAUCCCACAAAUCGACCUGCUGGGUCAUCCUAAAACCAAAGUUUUCAUCACUCACGGUGGAGCAAACGGGAUCUAUGAGGCCAUCUACCACGGCGUUCCCAUGGUGGGAAUCCCCAUGUUUGCUGACCAGCCAGACAACAUGGUGCACAUGGAGGCCAAAGGAGCUGCAAUUACUGUUAAACUGAACUUUAUGACGAUUGAGAGCCUCAGAGACGCUGUAAACAUGGUCAUCAACAACAAAUCCUACAAAGAAAACGUGAUGCGACUGUCCAGAAUCCACCAUGACAGACCCAUGAGUCCUCGGGACGAGGCCGUCUUCUGGAUCGAGUUCACCAUGAGAAACAAAGGAGCCAAACACCUGAGGGUCCAGGCCCACCAACUCACCUGGUACCAGUACCACAGCCUGGACGUCCUAGCCUUCCUCCUUAUUAUAGAUCUGCUCCUCAUCUUCAUCCUCUACAAGAGCUGCAGCUUCUGUUUCAAGAGAUGCUGCAGCAGAAAACAGACAAAGAGAAAAGCUGAGUAAAAACCACUUUCCAAGGGCGACAGUAAAGAACAGCUUCACAUUACAACCACCGACACAGCCACCAUGAAGCUGCGUCUCUCCGUCUGCAUCCUGCUGCUGCUUUGUGCUGCAGAAAACUCAAAUGGAGGGAAGAUUUUGGUGUGGUACAGUGAUGCCAGCCACUGGAUCAACAUGAAGCCGGUACUGGAGACACUGGUGGACAGAGGACACCAGGUGACGGUUCUGGUCCCGAGCUCAUCGCUGUUCAUGAACAGCAGCGAACCGUCUCGCUUCCAGUACGAACCUUUUGACGUCGACGUCACAGUAAAAGAUUUAGAAAAGAUUUUUGAAGACAUUAUUCACUUAUCUAUGUAUGAGUUGGACUUUAUGAACCCCAUUGAAAUUUACAUAAAACUUUUAGAUUUAAUAAAGAAACACAUGAAGUUUUUUCUUAAAUUCCUGGAUGGAGUUGUGAAAUCAGAAACCAUCAUGAAGAAGCUGAAGGAAGGAAACUACGACCUGCUAUUUGCAGACGCAAUCUACACCGGAAGUGACCUGACUGCCAAUAUUUUAGGCAUCCCCCUCGUCCUUUCUUUGCGGUUUUCCUCGGCUCAUUACUGGGAGAGGAUGUGUGGUCAGCUUCCUGCUCCACCGUCCUUCGUCCCGGCUGCUAUGAGCAAACUCACAGACAAGAUGGAUUUCUCAGAGAGACUGUUCAACAUCCUCUUCUACGCUCUGCAGGACGUCGUAAUAAACCAGUUCAUAUUGAAAGAUAUUGACAAAUAUUAUUCUGAAGUCAAAGGAACACCCACCAGUGCCUGUGAGUUGAUGGGUAAAGCUGAUAUCUGGUUGAUGAGAACCUACUGGGAUUUUGAUUUUCCUCGUCCACUCCUCCCCAACUUUAAAUUUGUUGGAGGGAUCCACUGCAAACCUGCUAAACCUUUACCAAAGGAAAUGGAAAAGUUUGUCCAAAGCUCUGGAGAUGCUGGUAUUAUUGUCUUCUCUUUAGGAUCGAUGGUCAAGAACGUAUCCACAGAAAAGGCGAACCUGAUCGCCUCGGCGCUCGCUCAGCUUCCACAAAAGGUGCUGUGGAGAUACAGUGGCCAGAAACCCCAGACUCUGGGUUCAAACACCAGAAUAUACGACUGGAUCCCACAAAACGACCUGCUGGGUCAUCCUAAAACCAAAGUUUUCAUCACUCAUGGUGGGGCAAACGGGAUCUAUGAGGCCAUCUACCACGGCGUUCCCAUGGUGGGAAUCCCCAUCUUUGCUGACCAAUCAGACAACAUGGUGCACAUGGAGGCCAAAGGAGCUGCAGUUACUGUUAAAUUUAACUUUAUGACAACUGAGAGCCUCAGAGAUGCCCUGAAUAUGGUCAUCAAUAACAAAUCCUACAAAGAAAAUGCGAUGCGACUGUCCAAAAUCCACCAUGACAGACCCAUGAGUCCUCGGGACGAGGCCGUCUUCUGGAUUGAGUUCACCAUGAGAAACAAAGGAGCCAAACACCUGAGGGUCCAGGCCCACGAACUCACCUGGUACCAGUACCACAGUCUGGACGUCCUAGCCUUCCUCCUCAUUAUAGAUCUGCUCCUCAUCUUGAUCCUCUUCAAGAGCUGCAGCUUCUGUUUCAAGAGAUGCUGCAGCAGAAAACAGACAAAGAGAAAAGCUGAGUAACAGACUGAAGUGAGAUCUACUGUUCAGGUGCUUUUCACACAGAACAAGAAUCUAUUUUGUGGUUUUAAAGUGUACACAUUUAAACAAUAGAAAAAAAAAAUCAGGACUGAAGAGAAAUUAUUGUUGAUUAUUAUUUUUAAUAGUUUUGUAUUUUGCUCCUUAUUCCAUUUCUCAAAUUCUGAGCAACUUUCCAUGUCCUGCUCAAAAAAUGACCAAACUAUGACACUGCCACUACCAUGCUUCAAUGUGGCACCAUUGUGAAAAAUCUAGAAUGCCUCUGACAGAAAACCGAUUUAUGGACUGGCUUCUCUUAAGAAAAAGCCAGACCAUAAAUCGGUUUUCUUAACCGAGUUUAAAACCAUGAACUAUUUUCCCAAUCACAUUUUCACUCUGUCAUACUAAAUCAUGUAUUAAAUGAUACUUUUCUUUUCAAUUUAUGUAUAAAAUGGUAUUACUAUUAUUUGUAAACUGAACCCAUGUUUUUAGUGUGCUUUGCUUUCGUUCUGUAGUGUACAAACAAAGCUUCAGCAAAGCUGUAAAAAUGACUGCAUUUAUUGACAUUUCAGACACUUCUAUUAAUAAUCAGAUUAAAAUUUUUUAUGCUCAUUUCCAUUGCUUUUCUAGCUCAGAAAAAUUAAUCACAUUAUUCAAAAUCAGUCAUAAAAAUAUUGUGUAAACUCUCA